ACCACACACAUAUAAUAACCUCCCUGUUUUAAUUUAUUUAUUGGUGUGAGAUUUAUCAUUUUAUUGUUCACUCUGUUUUUCUGCUCUCUUAUGAACUUAUAAUUAAGCCAAAAAGAAAAAAAAGGUUUUAAUGAAUUUGAUAAUGAGCUGAACAGCAGAAAAAAGAGGGAUCUUUGGAGUGGAAAAUAGAAUAAGAAUAGAAUCUUUGUUGUUUGUUUCUUCUUUAAAAAAAAAUAAAAACAAAAUUGGUUUUGUGAUAUGAAUUGUGGGUUUCUGGGUUGUUCUUCGAAAGGAUCUGUUUUAAGCUUUGGGGUUUUGUUUUUGAGUCUUUAAAGAAGGGGGGAAAUGGCUAGAAGUAAUGAAGUCAGCCUCAAUGAAUGCAAGAUGGUGGUUCCCCUAAAUACGUGGGUCCUCAUCUCCAAUUUUAAGUUGGCUUACAAUCUUCUUCGUCGACCUGAUGGCACUUUCAAUCGUCACUUGGCAGAGUUUCUUGAUCGCAAAGUCCCUGCUAAUGCGAACCCAGUUGAUGGGGUUUUCUCGUUUGAUGUUCUCAUUGAUCGUGGUACGAGCCUCCUGAGUCGGAUUUAUAGGCCGACUACAGCUGAAGAGCCUCAACUGAAUAUUGCUGAACUUGAGAAGCCUGUUACGGCGGCGGUGGUCCCUGUUAUUAUUUUCUUUCACGGUGGAAGCUUUGCACAUUCCUCGGCUAAUAGUGCUAUAUAUGACACUCUAUGUCGGAGAUUGGUAAGCCUUUGUAAGGCUGUUGUGGUCUCCGUGAAUUAUCGCCGUGCACCUGAAAAUAGAUAUCCGUGUGCUUAUGAUGAUGGGUGGACUGCUCUCAAGUGGGUUAACUCUAGACCAUGGCUUCAAAGUCAGAAAGAUUCUAAGGUUCAUAUAUAUCUAGCUGGAGAUAGCUCUGGUGGCAACAUUGCACACCAUGUUGCUCUGCGAGCCAUAGAAUCAGGAAUUGAUGUAUUGGGAAAUAUAUUGCUCAAUCCAAUGUUUGGUGGACAAGAAAGAACUGAAUCUGAAAAGCGUUUAGAUGGGAAAUACUUUGUUACUCUACGAGAUCGGGACUGGUAUUGGAGAGCUUAUCUUCCUGAAGGUGAAGACAGAGAUCAUCUUGCAUGUAACCCUUUUGGACCAAACGGUAGAAGUCUCGAAGGAAUCAAAUUUCCAAAGAGUCUUGUCGUGGUUGCCGGCUUGGACCUUAUUCAGGAUUGGCAAUUGGCUUAUGUUGAAGGGCUCAAAAAAGCUGGGCAAGAGGUUAAACUUUUAUACAUGGAACAGGCCACGAUUGGUUUCUACUUGUUGCCGAAUAACAAUCACUUCCAUACUGUUAUGGAUGAGAUAAGCAAAUUCGUACACUCUUUUAACUCUUAAUCAGGUAUGGUAAUAUAUGUUUGUGAGGAAUCAGAAGGUAGGCAUUUCAUGCGUUAAAUCCCAGCAGGGACAAAAGGGGUAUCAACACACCUUUGACAAAUGAUUGGAAGCAAAUUCUAGUAAGUUUUUAAUUAUUUUUCUACCUAUGGGAUUGGGAUUUUGAUUUAAUAAUUUAUUGUCAUUUCUUGAAUGCUUGUUAUUAUGGUAUGGAUGAUUAAAUUUGGAGGGCUGAAUCUUUGCAUACAAUACAGGAAUUGGCUUGUUUUGAAAAAGGAAAGGAAAAAAAAGAAAAAAACAUACAUGGUAUAUUAAUGGUGGUUGCAAAAUGGAUGACAUUAAAAGGGGGACCACUUGAGAGGGCAUACACCAUCCCUUUUUUUGUAAGCUGUUAUGAUUUGCUGUCAUAGUGCUAAAAGAAUAUUAGCAUAAUGUUAAAGAACAGCUAGGCUUUUUGAUAAUGACAUCAAAAGCCCUGUCUAAUUGACUUUAAUGGAAAAUAUGGCACUAUCUUAAGAAAUAAA